AUGAACAGACAAUCACAUCUCAUCCUGAAAAAUAUUCAAAAUGGAAAUAAUCCUAUUAUUGUUCACACCCCAUUCAGAAUGACCGGCACUUUUGAUGGGGUUAUUUCAUUUGAUCAUAAUCGUUUUCUAUUUAAUGGAAAUGCAAAAGUCAUUGAUGAAAACGCAAUGGAUAUGGAAUUAAAAGAUGAAUUAGACAAAGUAAUUGACCAAGAGGAACAAAAAAUAACUCAACAACAAGAAAAACAAUUACAAGAGGCUGAAGAAGAAAAGGUAAUAAAGAAACAAAAUGAAGAGACAAAAAAAAUAACUCCUAAUAAAGAACUAAAUGAUGAGAUCGUUGUUUCAUCAGAAGGAGAAGAGAGUAAUGAAACAAUUGUGAGAACUACACCACGAGUAAUUUCUAUUCACCAAAGACUCUUAAAUGAAAAAAAACCAAGAAUUUCAUCAAUAGUCAAAGAAUCUUCUAAUUCAUUACCUAAAAAGGAAAGUAAAAGUGUAAAUGUUGAACCAGAAACGGAGUCAUUACAAAGUAAAGAACUAAAACAAAAUAAUGAACAAACAAAAGAAGUCAAACCAGCAAAAGAAAUUAAAGCCACUGAAGUGAUUAUUAAUAUCAACAAAGACAAUAAACAACCAGAACCAAAAGAAGAAAAUAAAAAAACUACGUUCGAUACAAUUGCUAGUGCAACAGACAAUUUCCUAGAAUCGUUGUUAUGUCUAGAGUGUAGCUUCGAUGAUUAA